CGAAGCACACGCUUUCUCUCUCUCUAAAAGCAUUAUAUUUUAUUCGAGAAAUAAAAAAUAUGCGCAAAUCGAACACUCACAAGCGCAGAUCUGGUGUUUGAUCAUUUGCCCCACUCACACCAAACACAAAAAACCCAUUCUUUUUCCUCUUCCAUUUUCUGACCAAAGUGGAAAGUGGGAAUUCAACUGUUCAGCUUUAGCUCACUUCUUGAUCUUUUUUGUUUAAUCCACAAGAAAAGGGCAGCUGAAAAAAAAAAAGGUGGUGCAGUGAGUGAGAUUGAUCUGAUUUGGGAAUUCAAGAUUUUUUUUUAUGGUGUAAAGUUUUGAUUUUUUUUGGAGGGGUGUGGUUAUAUUGUGGUGGGGUUUGGAUGUUGUGCAAGAGUGUAGUAUGUGGUGAGAAAUGAGGUUUUGGGUUAUUGAGAAAUGGGGUGUGUUUUUGGGAAACAGAUCCAGUCGAGUAGGGAUCUUGUAGUUGAGAAGGAGAGAGAGAAAGAUUUGGCCUUGUCAUCAGGGAGGCGAGAGAAAGUAGUGGUUGGUUCAGUUAGUAAAUCCGAGGAGGGAGGUGGUGGUGGAGGAGGAGGAGGGGGUGGUGAGGUUCAGAAUGGGGGCCAGAAGGAGGAGGAGGAGCGGAAGGAGGAGAAUGCACGACGGCCAAGGGGCGGGAGGAGGAGGUCGAGGCCAAAUCCGAGGCUAAGUAAUCCUCCUAAGCACAUCCAUGGCGAGCAAGUGGCUGCCGGUUGGCCGUCUUGGCUCUCUGCUGUGGCCGGGGAGGCCAUCAACGGAUGGACACCUCGUCGUGCUGAUUCAUUCGAAAAAAUUGAUAAGAUCGGACAAGGUACUUAUAGUAAUGUGUAUAAAGCUAGAGAUACCAUAACGGGGAAGAUUGUCGCGUUGAAGAAGGUUAGGUUUGAUAACUUGGAACCCGAGAGCGUGAGGUUCAUGGCGAGGGAGAUAUUGAUCCUGCGCCGCUUGGAUCAUCCCAAUGUCGUGAAGCUGCAAGGACUGGUGACAUCUCGGAUGUCGUGUAGCUUGUACCUCGUGUUUGAUUACAUGGAGCAUGAUUUAGCCGGCCUUGCAUCGAGCCCCGGGGUCAAGUUUACUGAGCCCCAGGUCAAAUGCUACAUGCGUCAGUUGUUAUCCGGCCUCGAGCACUGCCACAGCCGCCAUGUGUUGCACCGUGAUAUCAAGGGGUCGAACCUCCUCAUUGACGACGGAGGGGUGCUCAAGAUUGCUGAUUUCGGAUUGGCUUCCACCUACGACCCUAACAGCAAGCAGCUCAUGACUAGCCGCGUGGUUACCCUUUGGUAUAGGCCGCCGGAGCUGCUUCUUGGUGCGACUGAGUAUGGUGUCGGGGUGGACUUGUGGAGCGCGGGAUGCAUCUUGGCCGAGCUAUUCGCUGGGAAGCCUAUCAUGACCGGAAGAACCGAGGUGGAGCAGCUGCACCGGAUCUUCAAGCUAUGCGGCUCUCCAUCGGAGGAGUACUGGAAGAAGGCGAAGCUUCCUCACGCGACCAUAUUCAAGCCCCAGCAGUCGUACAAAAGAUGCAUACACGAGACGUUUAAGGACUUCCCGCCAUCAGCGUUGUCUCUGAUCGACACGCUCCUUGCGAUUGAUCCGAGCGAGCGUCAAACUGCUGCAUCGGCACUAGAGAGCAAAUUCUUCACGACCGAGCCUCACGCGUGCGAUCCCUCCAGCCUCCCGAAGUAUCCACCGAGUAAGGAGAUGGAUGCCAAACGUCGCGAUGAAGAAGCUCGAAGGUUGAGAGCUGCCGGUAAAGCCCAAAACGACGCUGGCAAGAAGGCUCCUCGUCCACGGGAACGAGGAAUCCGGGCAAUGCCCGCCCCCGAAGCCAACGCUGAGCUACAAACCAACAUCGAUAGACGACGGCUGAUCAGUCACGCGAACGCAAAGAGCAAGAGCGAGAAGUUCCCUCCUCCGCACCAGGACGGAGGAGGGCUCCGUUUCCCUCUUGGCUCGUCCCAUCACGUCGAUCCGGCCUUUGAUCCUCCCGACGUGCCAUUCACUUCCAUGAACUUCUCCUACGCCAAGGACCCGAUCCAGGCCUGGUCGGGCCCGUUGGUGAACCCUUCCGCGUUCGGAGCUCCCCGGAGGAAAUCCAAGCCGUCGAAGAAGGAUCAUCGCAGAGACAAGAACUCCGCCCGAGGCAACGAGACGAGCACGGUGACGUAGCAUCGUUUUCGACACUUGUUCAACACAAUGUAGGUGCGGAUGCUGCAAACUCGCGCGCUGCGUCCGAGCCAAGAAACGUCGGACUGCCUCGAGAGGUGACGGAAUCCGGUUCUCGUGUUUUUCGACUGUUCUUGGGAAUCAGCAGAGCCUUUCUUAUGUG